CUGAAGGUUUAAAUAGAAAGGAACAGUAUCGUUACAUCGAUUGUAAAUACCGGUACUUAGUAACUGCAAUGUGUUUGUACUGUAGCUCAUUUACAUAGCCCCCCCCUCUCCCCCAAGUUCGUAUGUCAGAGACUUAACAAACUGCGUGCAUUUGUGAGUGUUUCACCUCGGCUUCACCUUAUUAUACAAUAUUGCCCAGAGUACAUCACCAAUACGUAAAAACUACAAUCCCAUGAUGCGUUCUACAUACCGCAGGCGCAGUUAUAACGAUGUAAGGCUUUGAACUACAAUCCGCUUAGUGACCAUGCCUGCGAACUACAACUCCCAAGACCACCAGCAUUCUUGACAUGCGCCUUCUGCGUUUCGUGCUCUUUAAAUGUAUUUUCAAAAUGGCGGCUCAUGACGGUGUGGUCCGUGUAAAGCAACUGGAAGAAAAGGCAAGAGGCAGCCUGGAUAAAUUUAACAAAGAGAAGAAGAAAAAGAAAAAAAGGUCGUGUUCUCCGAACGGGGUGCGGGAGAAAACGGAGAAAGAAAUAAAAAAAGUGAAGCUACACCACCACCAUCGACAUCAUCAUCACUUACAACAACAACAACAACAACACAGUCAGCAGCAACACCACCAUCGCGACUACUCGCAGACUGAGCACUGCCAUAGCAACAGCAAGAAAGAGACUCUCCUGCAGGGCUCCCCGAGGAAGGUGGCCCAGGUAGCGGUGGUACAGACACAGACCCAAACUCAAACGCACUUACAGCAUCAGCCCAAGCCGCAGAAAGCGCUCCCUCCAGCAGCCCCGGCCCUGUUUACCUUCUCUCCACUCAAACUGCCCAAAGUGAAGCCAGUCCACGGCAAAGAGAAGCAUGCUCACAACCGGGAGAAAGAGAAGUACAAAGUGAAAAAAGAGAACAGCGAGGUUAACGCGAAGGAUGCCGUGAACAAAAUAAAGAAAGAGCCUCUGGAUGAAAACAGCAAAACGCAAGCAGAUAACGAGUACCUGAUAAAGAAGAUGAAGAAGAAAAAGAAGAAAAAACACAGAGAGGACGAGCGAGGCAAGCGGGUCAAGAUGUACAACAAGGAGGUGCAGACGGUGUGCGCUGGCCUCGCCUGCCUGGCCCCUGAUCCGCUGCAGGAGGGGCUAGCUGACGAUUCUGCACUCAAGUACCUUAAAAAAGAGCGGCUCUGCCAGUCCACCGUGGGCACAGCCGGGUUCCUGACGCCCAGCGGGGUGCAGAUACCCUACCUGUCCCACCACGACCAUUCCAUCCGCAGCACCUGCUUACAGACGGGCACAAAGUACGGGCGCUUCAUACACGAGGAGCACCAGCCCAACGGAGGGGCGUCUGUGCUCCAUGCUUACAUGGACGAACUCUCAUUCCUGUCUCCUGUGGAGAUGGAGAGCUUCGCAGAGGAGUUCUUGAGACUGACGUUCAGUGAAAGCCGGAAGAGUGCAGCCAAGUACGCCCUGGCCAUAGUGCACGGGGCCGCUGCCUUCCUGCCAGACUUCCUGGAUUACUUCGCUUUCAACUUCCCCAGCACUCCCGUCAAAAUGGAGAUCCUUGGCAAGAAGGACAUUGAAACCACCAGUAUCACAAAUUUUCAUUCUCAGGUUAAUCGCACGUACUGCUCGGGGACGUACCGGGCUGGUGCCAUGAGGCAGAUCAGCCUCGUCGGAGCAGUGGAUGAAGAGGUCGGGGAUUACUUUCCAGAGUUUCUUGAUAUGCUGGAAGAAUCCCCCUUUUUGAAGAGGACGCUACCAUGGGGUAGUCUGUCCAGCCUUCAGCUGCAGUGCAGGUCUCAGAGUGACGAUGGACCCAUUAUGUGGGUGAGGCCAGGGGAACAGAUGAUCCCAACAGCAGACAUGCCAAAGUCCCCCUUUAAACGACGACGGUCGAUGAAUGAAAUAAAGAACCUGCAUUACUUACCUCGAGCCAGCGAGCCCCGUGAGGUCCUGUUUGAAGACCGGACUCGGGCCCAUGCAGAUCAUGUGGGACAAGGGUUUGACUGGCAGAGCACAGCUGCGGUGGGAGUCCUGAAGGCUGUGCAGUGUGGAGAAUGGAGUGACCGACCUCGGAUAACCAAAGAUGUGGUUUGUUUCCAUGCAGAAGAUUUUACUGAUGUCGUACAGAGAUUACAACUAGACUUGUACGAACCACCUGUGUCCCAGUGUGUUCAGUGGGUGGAUGAUGCAAAACUAAACCAGUUGAGAAGGGAAGGCAUCCGCUACUCUAGGAUCCAGUUGUAUGAUGACGACAUUUACUUCAUCCCCCGAAACGUCAUCCACCAGUUCAAAACUGUGUCUGCUGUGUGCAGCCUGGCAUGGCACAUACGACUCAAGCAAUAUCACCCUGAGAGCGAGAGCUCCUCCAGCACGGAAUGUAAAAACAGCUGCACAGGAUGCAGUGAGCCUAAAGAAACCGAGACCAAAGUGUCGUGCCCGGCGUCAAAACCAGAACCUGAAGCUGUGGACGUAAAAUACCUUUUUUCUGUUCCAAAGCCACGGGUACAGAAACCACUAACCCAACAGCACUCCACAGCAACAGGGAAGGCAUACAAUCAACCAGUAAUGGCCCCCAAAACAGCAGCAGCUCCUCCUGUGGUAUUGCAGCCUGAAACUUUGUCACCGACAGUGCCUUCCCAUGACCUAGGCUCUCCACGACACCUUACAGCCUGCCUCCAACACUGUGCACAGUAGCUUGCUUGAUAUUGUAUAUUAUUGUACAGUAUAUUGUUUAUGUGAAGUUUUAUUGGGGGGCGGGCGUAUUUAAAAGUAAAUAAUUGCUAGGGGUUCUGCAGAGUGAUGAGAUUUCAUAAGCACAUGGCCCUUUUUAUACAGAUAUAUAGAGAACUCGGCUCAAACUUCCAUGCAGAAAUGAAAGGUGCUGUAGUAUGUCUAAUAGUGCUCUAUUUUCAAACUGAAGGCUCGAGCCUGACCAAGCUUUUGUAGAAUGUAGCACCCACUUCAUGGGAGAAUGUUUGAAUAGAUGGUUUCAUAUUGCAUGAAGUCUAAUCAAGAGUUUUCAGUAUACUUGCAGUACCAAGUAAAAUGAAAGCUAAAGCCAUGGGUCAGAGACACUUUGGUUUUACAUUAGUAGGAUCAUGUACUGAAAGGUGUACAGUGCCGUGAAAAAGUAUUUGCCCCGUCUGAUUUUUUUACAUUUUUUUCACAUUGAAUUUGGUCAGAUCUUU